UGCCGUAGAUGUGCCUAGGUUUGUGAAAAUGAAGCGAAGAAGAAGUUAUUUCUUUUAAGUGAAACGCCGAGGUUCCCCGGAGGAGGACUUUGCGUCUAUAACCAUCAUCUCUAUAAGUGGUAAACUUAGCUGUACUUUUGAACUUUUGUGCCCCCGAAAUGAUGAAGCUCAAGUCAAACCAAACCCGGACGUACGACGGGGAUGGCUACAAGAAGCGGGCCGCCUGUCUGUGCUUCAGGAGCGAGACCGAGGAGGAGGUGCUGCUCGUGAGCAGUAGUCGACAUCCUGACAAGUGGAUAGUUCCUGGAGGGGGAAUGGAGCCGGAGGAAGAGCCCAAUGUUGCUGCAGCUCGCGAAGUGUGUGAAGAGGCCGGUGUGAAGGGGACUUUAGGUCGCUUAGUUGGAGUAUUUGAGAACCAAGAGCGGAAACACAGAACCUACGUCUAUGUUCUUAUUGUAACAGAGGUGCUGGAGGACUGGGAGGACUCGGUCAACAUUGGGAGAAAAAGGGAAUGGUUUAAAAUAGACGAUGCCAUACAAGUGUUGCAGUGUCACAAGCCUGUGCAGGCCACCUACUUUGAGGCUCUCCAGGAGAGUUGCCUGACCAGUAACGGAACACCUUUGGUGACCACGAUAGGUGGGGACCUCUCCCCUACCUACAGCAUCAAUCAGAGCUCCGUCUCGGGUAUCAGAUAACUAAAACCAUAACUCUGACACCCCCUGGAGCUUUCGCCACCACUUGCGCUCUUACUUGUGUCAUUUCUCUUCUCUUCUCUUCUCUUCUCUUUUUUUGUCUCAAUAACAUGGUUUGCCUUGCCAACUCCUUUGUGCCAGAACUGUGGCACAGACUUGAUGACAAGUGUUGGGUGAAUAGUCUGAAACACUUUGUAAAUGUAAAUGUAAUUUUUGACCCCUCUUUUUUUUUUUUUUUCUUUUUACUGACAACUGCAUGAAAUGUCCCCUCGCUCCUUUCAUUCUCUUUCCUUAACGCGCCCUUAGCGUGGUGUUUAUUGAAUGCAAGAACUACUUUUUACUGUUGUAAUGUAAAAGUGUAUACUUAGUGCUUAAGCUGAAGGCUUUUGGUGGUCUUUUUAACGUCUCCUCCAUUUUUUGUUUAUUUUUCUGUGAAUGAAUGUGCCCAAUAGUGUAGUCCCUCCCCUGUUAUAAGGAUAGGAAAUGCUGUCUGUAUCUGAAUGAACAGAAUUGUGGGAAGUGACUUGUGUUGCAUGAGCACUGUUAUGUUGCGUCACACUCGCUCGAGUGACCUGAUGCUGACUGUGCAACAGACUUGUAGUAAGGUCUUUGGAUUCUCUUUAUUUUGCUCCUUAUCGUAGAUAUUGUGAUGUCUCUUUUAUCAGAAGGAUAUGGCCCCUCAGUAGUCUUUCAAUUUCAAGUGUCAAGUGUGUUCUCUCUUUUUUGGGAAACUAGCCAAGCACUACAAGUUUCACUCUCAAACAGAGAAUAAAUACUGUACAGAGAGCAGAAGAAUGUCAACACACAAUGUAAAAUGAACCACCUUUCUCCUCAGUGUCUUUACCUCCUUUUAAUCCCGUUUGUUUUCUUUUUUUUAAAAUGCUUCCUCCACAUACUGAGAGGUUAGAAGUAGUAUGUUUCAAAAUCAUGGACUUGUAAUUUCAAAAUGCAGCACAUAUCACUUAAGUUAUUAAAACCAAUUUCUGUAUUUUACUCCUCACAUUCAGUUUGGUUAAAAGCAAUUGUUUACAUUGUGUUCGUAAAAUAGCACAUGUGACUUUAGUGGGCACGUUUCAUUAUGGUCAUUUUUUUUUUUUACCCUUCUUUCUUUAGUAUUUAAUCUGCAUCCCCAAAAACACUCAAAACACCUGCUUGACAUUGAAAGUAAUGGAAUCUAUAAUGCUGUCUUUGGCAAGAUGCAGAACAAACAAGCCUUGUACAGUUUGAGACCUCGUUUUUAACAUGUAAAAUGCUUUUGGAUACUAGUUUUUGUUGUUUUCUUUUUUUUUUUCCUUCUUUUUUU